ACCUGUUUCUCUCUCUUCUCACUGUCAUUUCAAAAACAAAAAAAAUAUCAGUAGCAGCUCUCUCACCUCUCUUUUUAAUUUUCUAAAAUGGUGCUCACACCUCAUACUGCUCGCAAUAUCGUUGGCAUCAUCGGGAACGUCAUCUCUUUUGGCCUCUUUCUCUCCCCAGCUCCAACUUUUUGGCAUAUAAUCAAGAGGAAAUCGGUGGAGGAAUUCCAGCCAUAUGCAUAUAUUGCAACAUGUUUGAAUUGCAUGUUUUGGAUCCUUUAUGGUCUGCCAUUUGUUCAUCCUGACAGCAUUCUCGUCAUCACCAUCAACUCUGUUGGGCUUGCAAUGGAGUUGUUAUAUUUAGCAAUAUUCUGCCUGCAUGACCGUCAGAAGAAAGCAAUGAGGAAGGUUGCAAUUGGACUUACAGGCGAGGUGGUUUUCGUUGCAGUUGUUGCUACCAUUACUAUUCUGGCUUUUCACACCCAUAGCAGCCGAUCAUUUUUUGUUGGAAUUAUUUGUGUUGUCUUCAGCAUCAUGAUGUACGCUUCACCUCUCACCAUUGUGCGAAAAGUUAUAAAGACAAAGAGUGUGGAGUUCAUGCCAUUCUAUCUCUCACUGGCAGGCUUUGUUAAUGGUUGCAUCUGGUCAGCUUAUGCUCUGUUCAAGUUGGACUAUUUCCUUCUGAUAAGCAAUGGUCUUGGAUCGAUUUUAGGACUCGUUCAACUCAUAAUAUAUGGAAUAUACUACAGAUCAACACCGACAAAAGUUCAAGGCAAUGACAAGUCAACUGGCAGUCAACUGUCUGCUGAAGCCGCAGCCUGAAACAGCUGAUCAAGAUUCAAGCUAUUGUGGUUCUAUUAAGUGCAAUCAUAUGCCAUAUGUUUUGCAGUUUAAUGUUGAUAUAUGUCUGAGAUCACAUGAUUUUACUAGCAAGAUAUUGCUAUCUUUAAUAUUGGAAACCAUAAAAUGAAAAUAAGAAAAAUUUACCAUA